AUGUUUGCCAAAGAAUGGAAGUUGGAGAACUGGAAGAAACAAGAUAUUAAUCAGGCUGAUGUUGCACUGUUGAUGGCAGCUUUUAUUGUAGUUCCCUUCCCUCUUAAUUCAGUGGGAAUCAUUCCUGUGGACAUACUUGAUACCUCUGAUCUCUUAAAAGCAGAGAGCAUGUUUGCAAAUGCAGUACAGAUUCUUGAACAGUUCAAGGUAAAAAUGACUCAGAAAAAAGAAGCUACUUUAUCGUUUUUCUUUACACCAUUUAAGAAGACUUUGAUGUCGAUCACUCUGUGUCUGACUGUCCCAAGCGAGUGCAGCUGGAAGCACGUAGAGAUGACCUGGAGCUCUGCUGUAGCCGCUUAA